UUAAUUAAAAAAAUAAAAAAUAAAACACAGAUACCGAUAAUAAAAAAAAUGAUACCGAUAAUUUCCGAUAUUACAUUUUAAAGCAUUUAUCGAUAUUAACGGACAUCUUUAAUUAUAUGUAUUGCUGUGAAAAACUUUAUGACAUCAAUAUUCUAUUCUUUGCAUCUUUCAUUGGACCAACAGAAGGUAAGCCCUUCUGCUCUUCUGCAGCAUUAACAUGUUUAGCGUCCGUAUGAAUCGAGCCUCGUCUGAAGGUUUCUUUUGACAGGUGUCAAUCACCAUACUGGAUGAGAAUGACAACAGUCCAGAGUUUGACAUCACAUCUGACACUUCAGUGGACAUUUUGGAAAAUACCCCAAUGGGGAAGAAAGUGGCCGUGGUGCUCGGAAGAGAUCGAGAUGCUGGGCUUAAUGGGCUGGUCAACUUCUCGCUAGUCGCAGGCAAUAUGGAAGAUGUGUUUAAGAUCAAGACCGUGAAUCACACCUACGGGGAGGUCUAUGUCAAUGCUCCGCUGGACAGAGAGUCUGUGGAUCGCUACCUGCUUAAGGUGCGAGCCAUCGACAACGGCUCCCCUCCCAGACACACGGACCAUUCCCUCACAAUCAACAUCCUCGACGUCAACGACAACGCACCUGUUGUUGAGAGUCCACGAGGCUACAACGUCAGCAUAAGCGAGAAUGUCGGAGGAGGAACAUCGGUCCUGCGUGUGAUGGCUACCGACUGGGACACGGGCCCUAAUGCCAUGCUGUUUUAUUACAUCACUGCCGGAAACCAAGACCUGACCUUCCGCAUGGACCGCAUGACAGGAGAGAUGGUGACACGCCCGGCCCCUCCCGACCGAGAGCGCCAGCAGGAGUACCAGCUCAUCGUGACUGUGGAGGACGACGGCACGCCUCCUCUGUCGACCUCCACCACCAUCAACGUUCUCAUUGUGGAUGAGAAUGACAACGCUCCGGAAUUUCCUGAGGAGGAGUACGUCACGGUGCUGAGUGAGGGUCCAGACACGGUGGGCGCCACAAUCGCCACAGUAACAGCCAUCGACCCUGAUGAGGAUCUGAACGGCACCUUGAGAUACGCCAUAACUCAUGGCAACCUGGGCCAAACCUUUCACAUCAACAGCAUCUCGGGGAGGAUUACAGCUGUGAAGGAGCUGGACUUUGAGAUCAGUCAUGGCCACUAUGCACUGGUGGUGACGGCGACAGAUCAAUCGCCAAAUCCUGCUUUUCGUUUGACAUCUAGCACAACGGUGCUGGUGAACGUCUUAGACGUGAAUGACGUGACACCCACCUUCCCCAGAGCCUAUGAGGGCCCCUUUGAAGUGACUGAGGGCCAACCGGGUCCUCGGGUCUGGACACUCAGAGCCAGUGAUGAAGACUCGGGACUGAAUGGCAAAGUGGAGUACAGCAUCACUGCUGGAGAUAAUCAAAAUGAGUUCAUGGUUUCUCCCGUCGAGGGGGACCUCCGAGUGAGGAAGGAUAUCGAGUUGGACAGAGAGACCACCGCCUUUUACAACAUCACUGUCACAGCUCGAGACCUGGGCACUCCAUCACGCAACAGCUCGGUUGUAGUGGGGGUUCAGGUCCGAGAUAUAAACGACAAUGACCCUGUCCUCCUAAACCUGCCUUACAACACCAGUGUGAGCGAGGGCGCUUCUAUACAUACAUCUGUGGCCCGAGUCCGGGCUAGAGAUGCAGACAGUGGGCGCAAUGCACUGCUCUCCUACAACAUUACUGCUGGCAACCAGGAUGGAGCCUUCUACAUCAACGACACAUCAGGUGUGGUGCAGGUGAACAGACCACUGGACAGGGAGCGAAUGGCUGAGUACAGACUCACUAUCACUGUCAAAGAUAACCCUGAGAAUCCCCGCAUUGCUCGCAGGGAUUCGGACCUCUUGGUCAUAACUAUUCUGGAUGAGAAUGACAACAGGCCUGUAUUCAGCAGGAACAGUUACAGGGCAGAGAUAACUGAGAACUCUGCAGCAGGUAGUACUGUAACAGUGCUGAAUGGGCCCAUUCUGGCCGUAGAUAAGGAUAUUGGACCCAAUGCUGUGGUGAAGUAUCGUCUGCUGGGAGCUCGAGUGGACCUUUUUACUGUGAAUGCCAAUACUGGAGUCAUACAUGUGCAACAGGGAGCCAAGUUGGACCGUGAGGCGUAUCAGGAGCCUCGGAUAGAGCUGGUCCUUGUCGGGGAGGACAUUGGGGGAUUAAACAGCAGUGUUCCUCUCACAGUCACCAUCCUGGACCAGAAUGACAACCCACCUGUUUUCAGUCCUUCCAGUUUCGGUGUGAGACUCCCAGAGAACAGCCCGACUGGUGUUGUGGUGACCCAGCUGUCCGCCAUCGACGCUGACUCCGGCUCUAACGGCUGGCUCAUGUACCGCUUAGUAAGCGGCGCGCAGGAUCGAUUUGUGGUUGACGCGCUCUCCGGUGCCGUCCUGGUUGGCAACACCACCCUCGACAGGGAGGAGCGUGGAUCGUACCGACUGGUUGUCAUGGCAACGGACCGCGGCACGCCACCUAUGUCUGGCACGGCCACUCUGACAGUCAUCCUGGAUGAUGUCAAUGACUCACGUCCCCGUUUUAUAGAGCCUAUAACCAUGAUUAAUGUCAACGAGUCUACGCCGCCUGGGGUGGUGGUCGCCACGUUGACCGCCAAGGACCCCGACCUGCAUCCACGGCUGGAGUAUUACAUCAUUUCAGUGGAGGCAAAGGAUGAUGGCAACAAUCCCGUGGAAGGCCUGCAGGAGUCCUUUGGCAUUGACCUACACACCGGUGCUGUGUUUGUACGAAACCCACUCAACAGAGAGCAGGUAGCAACCUUCGAGAUUAUUGUGUCUGUUCACGACAAUGCUAGUGAGGUUAUCGACAAGUCUGGCAGUGUCCCGAAUGCAAGACUAACCAUCAACAUUUUGGAUGUAAACGACAACGCUCCUCGUUUCCGGCCUUUUGGAGUUACAAACUUUACCGAAAAGAUUUUGGAGGGAGCGCAGCCAGGCACAACAUUGCUGUCAGUGUCAGCUGUGGACCCGGACAAAGGCCCCAAUGGUCAGGUCAUCUAUCAACUGCUCCACCUACCACGAGGGGGUUACGUCAGACUGGAGGACCCCUCCACUGGUAAGAUUGUUGCAAACCAGACGGUGGACUUCGAACAAGUGCAAUGGCUUAAUUUCACAAUCCGGGCAAGGGACCACGGAAGUCCUCCCAGGAUUGCUGAGCUGCCCGUUUAUCUCCGCAUAGUGGAUGUCAACGACAACAACCCAGUCUUCUUACAACCGUCAUAUCAGGAACCUGUUUUUGAGAACGUGAACCUCGGCACCACUAUUGUUCGUGUCAGUGCCACUGAUUCCGAUUCUGGUCUGUUUGCUGUUGUUGAGUACAGCUUGGUAGACGGGGAGGGCAAGUUUGGCAUUAGACCGACCACUGGAGACAUCUACAUCCUCUCUCCAUUGGAUAGAGAGACAAAGGACCACUACACUCUAACUGCUGUGGCCCGUGAUAACCCUGGCGGCAGUUCCAACAACAGACGAGAGAACUCUGUCCAGGUCCUCGUCACAGUUCUCGAUGUCAACGAUUAUCGACCCCGGUUCUCCGAGCGAGCGUUCACCACCAGCGUCUUUGAGAACGAGCCUAGCGGAACAUCAGUGAUUACUGUGAAAGCUACUGAUCUGGAUGAAGGAGAGAAUGGUGCAGUACUCUACAGCAUGCUGGGACCCCACGCAGAUGCUUUUUCCUUGGAUCCAAACACAGGCCUGGUGCGUUCCCGCCGCCUGCUGCAGUCGUCUGAGAGCUUCAACCUGACUGUGGUGGCUACGGAUCAGGGGCGUCCUCCUCUGUGGGCAACCGCCGACCUCAUCAUCACAGUCAUAGAUGUGAAUGACAACAGGCCUAUAUUUGUCAGACCCUCCAAUGGAACCAUCAUACAUAUAUCAGAGGAGCAGCCUCCGGGCUUGCCGGUGUACGAGGUACAUGCAACCGACGCAGAUGAGGGGGUGAACGGAGAGGUGCGCUACGGCUUCCUGCAGACGGGAGCGGGCAACAGAGACUGGGAAAACUUCCACAUCGACGCCACGUCUGGAGUCAUUACAACUACCGUCAAACUGGACAGGGAGAAACAGACCCUCCACAGUCUUAUCAUUGUGGCACGGGACAUGGGUCAACCAGUGCCUUAUGAGACCACGCAGCCUCUGCAGGUGGCGCUGUUGGACAUUGAUGACAAUGAGCCGGUCUUUCUCAAACCUCCACGUGGUAGCUUAUCUUACCAGAAGCUGACCGUGUCUGAGCACUCCCCUCCAGGAACCGUGGUAGGGAACGUGACCAGAGCUGUGGACGCUGACGAAGGCUCCAAUGCCAUUGUUUACUACUUCAUUGCAGGAGGGAACAACGAUGGAAACUUUGGCUUGAGUCUAGACGGUGAGCUAAAGUUGUAUAGGGAACUGGAUCGCGAGGAGAACCCAGUCUACACUCUCAUCAUCAAGGCCUCCAGUAACAAGAGCUGGAGUCCUUCCAGGGGUCAAAGGGCAGCACGGGCGCGGGCCCUGGAUCCUGCUCGAGAUCCCAGUCUGCUUGAGAUCCGCAUUGAACUGGACGACAUCAAUGACCAGAAACCACGAUUUUCCAAAGCAGAGUACACUGCAGGGGUUGCUGCUAACGCCAAAGUGGGUUCCGAGCUGAUCAAAGUUGUGGCGAUAGAUAACGACAUCGGCAACAACAGCUUGGUCCAGUAUCACAUUGUUACCAUCCGUUACUUCCAGUCUCAGAGCAACGGCAGUGAGGACGUUGGGAGCAUCUUUACCAUUGGUUUGACUGACGGCAUCAUCCGCACCUACGACCUCUUCACGGCUUACAACCCCGGGUAUUUCCAGCUGGAGAUUUUGGCGUGCGACCUGGCCGGGCACAGUACUACCACGAACGUGAACAUCUACAUCCUGCGGGACGACCAGAGGGUCAAGAUCGUCUUUAAUGAGAUUCCCGAUUUGGUCCGUGAAAACCAGGAUGAUUUCAUCAAUUUGCUGUCCAACAUCACGGGAGCCAUUGUCAACUUAGAUGACAUACAGUUUCACGUGGACAAGAAGGGCAGGGUGAAUUAUGCCCAUACAGACAUGCUGGUCCACGUGGUCAACAAUCAGAGCAACACCAUCCAAGACGUGGAAAGGGUGAUCCAGCUAAUCGAUGAAAACAAGGAGCAGCUGAGAAAUCUGUUCAGGACGUACAACGUGGUGGAUGUUCAUCCCGCCGUCAGUGACAAGCUCCCUGAUGACAUCACCACUCUGCAGCUCGUCAUCAUCAUUCUGGCUGUGCUGCUGUGCCUGGCUGGUAUAUUGUUUGUCUCGAUGAACUGGCAUUAUCGCAGAGUACAUCAGAGGAAGCUCAAAGCGAUCGUCGCGGGAUCAACAGGGAACCAAGGUUUAAUGGAUAUUCUGGACAUGCCCAACACCAACAAGUACUCUUUUGAGGGCGCUAAUCCCGUGUGGCUCGAUCCCUUCUGUCACAACCUGGAGCUGGCUGCUCAGGCGGACCAUGAAGACGACCUGCCUGAGAACCUGAGCGAGAUAACGGACCUGUGGAACAGUCCUGCUCGCACUCAUGGAACGUUUGGUCGCGAGCCUCAAGCCAAGCCGGAUGACGAUCGUUAUUUGAGAGCGGCGAUUCAGGAGUACGACAACAUCGCCAAACUAGGCCAGAUCAUGAGGGAGGGGCCUAUCAAGGGUUCCCUGCUCAAUGUGGUCCUGGACGACUACCUGAGACUGAAAAAACUCUUUGCAGCCAGACUGGUCACAGUAUCCACCAGUCAGGGAGACCACUCGUCAGUCACGGAGCUAAUCCAAAGCGAUCUGGAUGACGAGGAGGACGAGCGUGUGAGCAUGAGUGGGGGUCGGGGAACACUGCGCUUCAAACAUAAGCUUCCUGUGGAGUUGAAGGGACCGGAAGGUGUGCAUGUGGUCCAUGGCAGCACCGGCACCCUGCUCACCUCUGACAUCAACAGCCUGCCAGAGGACGACCAGCGGGCUGUGGCACGUUCUCUGGAGGCUCUCAACGCAGACGGCGGACUUUAUUCCGAACGAAACGCCCGCACCGAGUCGGCCAAGUCGACUCCGAUGCACCGCCACAAGGACGGGGAGUUAACGCCCAGCCCGCUGGAAAUCACCGAGUUAUGACUAGCCGAGGCCUCGCUGGUCUGAGCUGGAUGGUGACUCAAGUGUGUGUGCUUGUGUCUCCACACCGCCACCCUGACCCUGCUGGGAAGACACGAAGACCACAGCGUGAGCAGUCUUGUCCACUCAUGGGCACAAACUCACAGAUGGUUUAACUGGGUUGUGCUUCAAGAGCAAUUUUUUUCUUUUAAAAGAGUCAGCAGGGAGGCGUCAUCAACUUUCAUCAUAAGAGCAGAAUGGACAAAGUGGAAGACGCGUGUUCAACUCAAAGGGCUGCGUUCUGACUUUGUACUUGGGAAAGCAUAACUGGACUGCAUCCACUCACACCAACACAAAUGCACACACUGGGAGUAAAGCAGCUCAGACCAGCGAACGGCCUUCAGCGGGACAAUGAAUAUUCAAAUUCAUCAUCACAUUCUGAGUUUGUUUGCAAGUGUAAAACAAAAAAAAGUGUUGGUGGAGUGAUGGUAGUAAUGAUGGAAAUGUGAUGAUGCAGUCAACCGCCACGCCUCUAACGACCCAGUGAUGCUUGAAGGGAACAUGCCGGUCCAGUUUUUUUGUCUUAAGCAUGUUCAGCGUUUGUGGUGUAUAUGGGGACUUUAAAAGUAUAUGUUAAAGAUGGCAAAUUUGGAAGCUAAGAUUGAUGACUUAAGUCCAAGAAAAUGUGAAUAAAUGGAAUAAAAAGUGAUUAGCUGUUGUAUUUUCUUAAUGUAAAGAUGGCGACACGGCCACAAAGACUGCCACCAGAGGGGGUUAAAGAGCUCAAAUAGAGCAAUAUUUGCUUUAUUUUCCUAUUUUAAGCAAAAAAAAAUGUAUUGAAGUUAAUAUAUUUUUUAAGGACAAAUGCCUGCUUACCAUAAUAGCAGACAUGUUGUGUGUAAAUUGUGCAAUCGUGUCUAUUUCUUUUCUAUGACGCUGUCUCUGAUAAGUGGUGUGUUUUUCAGGUUCAUUUUUAUAUUUGGUAUGUUUUUAAUUUCUUUGUCGUUACUGUCACCAGCCCUGAGAUCUGUGAUAAUAAAAUAUGCAACAUU